CACAGCGCCGGGCAGCGGGAACGCGGGACUGCGGGGAGCGGCGGGGCCCGGCCUCCGGGAGGCGGCGGGGCGGGGCCGUGCGGUCCCGGUGGCGGAGCAGAUCCGGGGUCCAGGGCCGCCCGCCCCCCGGGGACUGUGGUACCGCCAGCGGUACCGAGAGCGCUGACCGGGAACUGCCAGCGAGACCUGGACAGGCUGGAGAGUUGGGCGGGGAAAAAUGCAGGAUGAUGUCUGAAAGCAGCUCCUUCAUGAAGGGGGUGGUGCUUGGAGGAGUCUUCUGCAUGUUGGUUACACUCCUGGGACACAUCAAGGUGGGUCAUGGGACUAAAGCGCAUCACCACGAGCACCAUCACAUCCAGGCUCCCAACAAAGAAGAUGUCCUGAACCUUUCAGAAGCUGAACGUAUGGAACUUAGUAAAAGUAUCCGCGUUUAUUGUAUCAUCCUGGUGAAACCCAAAGCUCUAGGGCAAUGGGCAGCAGUGAGAGAGACGUGGAGCAAGCACUGUGACAAGGCGGAAUUCUACAGCUCUGAAGAUGUCAGAGUGUUUGAUUCUGUAGCCCUCAACACAAAUGAUAUGUGGGCGAUGAUGAGAAAAGCUUACAAGAUAACAUAUGAACGUUAUAAAGAUGAAUUCAACUGGUUCUUCCUUGCGUAUCCAACAACAUUUGCUAUUAUUGAAAAUCUCAAGUAUUUCUUACUGAAAAAAGACCCCUCGCAGCCUUUUUACAUAGGCCAUACUGUGAAAUCUGGUGACCUUGAGUAUGUAGAUGGCGAGGGAGGAAUCGUCUUAAGCAUUGAGUCACUGAGACGACUCUCCCGUGUUCUUGAAGACCCUGACAAGUGUCCGGAGCAGGGAGGUAUGAUUUGGAAACUCGCUGAGGAUAAACAGCUGGCAAUCUGCCUGAAGUAUACCGGAGCGUUUGCCGAAAACGCGGAGGAUUCAGAAGGAAAAGAUGUCUUUAACACUAAAGCGGUCAGCGCUCUCAUUAAGGAAGCGAUGGCCACGCACCCGCAGCAGGUGGUGGACGGCUGCUGCUCCGACUCGGCCAUCACGUUCAGCGGGCUGGCGGCCAACCACAUGCAUGUCAUGAUGUACGGCGUGUACCGGCUGAGGCCCUACGGCCACACGUACAGCGAUGCGCUCGUCUUCUUGCCGCCCGCAGGCUCAGACAAUGACUGACCUCUCCUCCGAGAAGACCUGGGACCACAGUCACCUCCUCUCAUGACACACAUUUGUAUGGACAGAUUUGGGUUUUGUAUCCUGUGGUAGCAGUGUACAAUUUUUUUUGCACAUUAAGGUUUGGUAAAGUUCUUAAUUUUAAAAGUGGAAGGAGAACUCUUUUCUAAAUGUUUUAUAGAUAAAUGCUUCUGGCUUUUGACAGUGCUGGAAUGAAAUGAUCAAGAAAUUGAUAAUGUUUACAAUAAAAGGAAAUUAAGUUUAUAUGGGGGGGUUUGUACAUGUACAUAUUUAUUAAUGAAAGCUCAAAUGACCUUUGGUCUACUCUUACAAAUAUAUUUUUGCAAGACUUUGAUUCUUUCAAUUCUUCCAGGCAUUUCUAGAAUGUCUUUAUAUCUUUCUAAGAUGUACCAAUAAAACUCACUACAGAUCCAGUCUCAAA